GUAUUUCCAAAGGAUGUAUUUACUUCACCCAACAUUGGUGAUCUUAUACGUAGAAGAUUCAACGACCGCUCUAUGUCAGUCGACGACUCGACCCCGAAGAGCAGCGACACCAGCCUAGGCUUGGAUGAAGAGUGCUCAUCACCAGAUGUGACAUCACCGCUUCCUCUGGAAAAUGACAUCUUAAAGAGUGGCUGCGUCACGUUCGCUUUGGAUGCCGCGGAAUCGGACGGGACUUCGUUAAGUCCGGUGUCCAGCAGCGAACUGGUAGAUCCUAUCUGUAUUCUGUAA